AUGUCAGCUGCCGUUCGCGAUACAGAAUCGAACCUCUCCGAGCCGGAUCCGAGACCAGGUCUCGGCCACUGCAUCGCCAUCUCAAUAAUCAUAUUCGUCGCCGGACUUCUCUUACCACUAGCCUUCUCUUUCUCGUCGACGAUCAAGCAGGUCGCCUACUGCGACCUUUGCAAGCCACAACCUGGCGACUCGGACCAAGAGUACACUGAGGAGAUCCGCAAAGCAGGCUGGAGAAUCAGGAAGGUUCUCUUUUCCGCAUACAUCAUUGGCUGUUCGGCGAUCUUCGCGGUCACUUUCACUCAGACUCCGGAUUUAGACACUUAUAGUCGAGCAUUGAAAGCGAGCGUCGGCGCUUUUGUUGGUACCAUGAUGACGGAGGUCAUCAUCGCCUUUGGUGUCUGCAUCGUGGUCAAGCAUCGUCACGUGCUUGAAGUGGGUAAAGCUUGCAGAAGGACACCGCACGACAGUGUUGAGACAUUUGAGCGGGUAGACUCCGGUCGAGCGGUGCAGUGA